AUGGCCUCACAGGGUGAGGAGCUGGCCACCCCUGCCGUGCCGCCCUCCCAGCAUGCGCCAGCCCACCAGUCAGCUUCGGCGCGAGUGGCAGAGGAGCAUUCUGCUCGCCUGACUGCGGGACUGCAGGUCACCGGGCUGGCAGACGGCGGCGGCUCUAGCAUGUCUGGCAUGUGCGACGCUGGGGUGCCGGGGGUGUUGGACCCUGCCCGGCAGGCCAUGGUGGCGACCGCCGUGCCCUUUCCCCCCGACUAUGAGCCUCAGCUGCCCAAACUGCUGCCGGAGGCCACCUUCGACCUCGUGGCCUCCCCCCCCAGCGCCGGCCCAGCCCACAGCUCCGGCAGCGCCGCGGGCGCCCAGGCCGGGACCCGGCCCCUGCACCUCAAGUUCCGGAGCGGCACCGCCGGUGCUGGUGCUGCCGGCGACGCCGCGGGCCCCCUGACGGGCGCCGAACUGGCCAGGCUGCUGGCGACGCCGCAGCGACCUCUGGCCCUGGGUCUGGGACCACUGACCCCCUUUUCGGCCUUCCUCAUGGACCAGGCGGCAGGGGUAGGGGGGUCCACCGCCGACGCCGGCACUGCAGCAGGGGGGACGUCCACUGGGGCGACAGUCGGGGCCGCGGCGGUGACGCCGCAGGCGGUGGCAGGCCUCGGGCCUCUGCCCGCCCCUGCCGACAGCCCCAUGCAGAUGGCGUACCUGGACGGUCUGCUGCUGGACCUGAACUUUGGCGAGGACGCGGGCCUGACCGCCCCCGGCGCGCCGGAGCAGGGCGCGUUUGCACUGCCCGCGCAGACCCCGGCGGGAGGGAAGGCGGUGCUGCAUCACCUGCAGAGCCCCGCUGUAGAGGGCCUCACCCAGCCCCCCGCAGGGCUACAUUGCCAGGCCUCGCCAGGACUGCCAGGUCUCAUGUCCCCCAGCCUCCUGGCGGCGGCCCUGCCAGAGGACUUUUAG